UACCAUUAGGCUAGACUUACAUCUUGAAUUUCAGCCUUGUAAAUUCUGUUUAUCUUUAUGACUCUGAGAUGAAUAUCUAAGAUACAGAUUCUAGUUUAAAGUGAAUAGCAGACAAUUGGGAUAGAUUCCUUGGGUCAAACCCCCAAAGCUGUUUUUCCUAAUUGCAUCUUGUUAUUUAAAACACUCAAGUUUCAAUCAAGUUUACUAGGGGCAACCAUCCAAGUCCAGUUACUCCCAGUGAACAGACACAUGGAUUCUCAUUACAUACGUGUCUAGAGAUUCAUCACUGCUCUAAGAGCUAGAGAAUGUUUUAGGAGUCAGUCCCUGCGUGUAUGGCCAGUCUCUGUAUAUACUUUAUUCAAGUUUUGCCUGGGGCCAAAUUCGUGCUGCUGAGAAGAGUCUAAACGACUUUCACAAGAAAGUCAUUAUUUCUCAUUUUUAGCAAGUGGUUGACAUUCACCCUGUCCCUCUAACCCCAGUACUUUAUCCCUUUGUAUACAAAAGGUGUCAAGGGGAAAAUGACUAGAACUCAAGGGGUGGAGCCUCUGUCCUUGUACGGGAAACUACAAUCCUUUAAUGCGCCUGCGAGGCUCCCACGCCCUGGGAAAGGUUCCUAUCGAUUUGCUCUGUGCUCGGCAGCUCUUUCUGGUUGCAGGCAGCCAUCUUGCCUGGAGCUUGAGACAGGGAGGAGAGAAGGAACCGGUGACACCGGGCUCAGGGCCGCCCCGGGGGCCUCAAGAACCAGGGGCAGACCCGGAGGUGGUCCUGGGUCCUGGGCUAUGCUCUAGGACUAGCAAAGGGAAGGCAGAGGGCUUGAUGGGUGGGGAAUGUCAAACAAGACUGGCUGGGUGGGGGAGGGGCGUUGCUAAGGCAACUGGGGAGGGCGGGGUCAUGUCUGAAUUGCUGCUGUGAGUCACCGGAGUGCUGCCCAGGAAAGGCAGGGCUGGAGUGAUGACCAUGCUAGUGACCCAGUGGGAUUUCGCGACAUCACCUGUGUGGAGGGACUUCGUGUCUAUGGCAACUGUCACCUGGUGGAAGGGGCGGAACUAGAUUUCCUCUGUCUGGGACGCCGGCAUUCCAAGCCCUUGUCCUGCAGCCUCCCGCAGGCAGACGCGCCAUAGAAGGAAGCCAGGGAAUGGCCGCGGUGUGGCAGCAAGUCUUAGCAGUGGACGCGAGGUACAACGCCUACCGCACACCAACGUUUCCACAGUUUCGGACCCAGUAUAUCCGCCGGCGCAGCCAGCUGCUGCGGGAGAAUGCCAAGGCUGGCCACCCCCCAGCCUUGCGUCGGCAGUACCUGAGGCUACGGGGCCAGCUAUUGGGUCAGCGCUACGGGCCACUCUCUGAGCCAGGCAGUGCUCGUGCCUAUAGCAACAGCAUUGUCCGCAGCAGCCGCACUACCCUUGACCGAAUGGAGGUGAGCUCCUGGCUGUACCACCUGCCAUGUAUCUCCCCUACCUCCAUAGUCAUCAUGGCCUUUUGUCAAACACGGGACUUUGAAGAUGACCCUCGAACCCUGGGGGCCCGAGGGCACCGCCGUUCUGUCAGCCGAGGCUCCUACCAGCUACAGGCACAAAUGAACCGAGCAGUCUAUGAGGACAGGCCUCCUGGCAGUGUGGUACCCACAUCGGUGGCAGAGGCAAGUCGUGCCAUGGCCGGGGACACAUCGCUGAGUGAAAACUAUGCCUUUGCAGGCAUGUACCAUGUUUUUGACCAGCACGUGGAUGAGGCAGUCCCAAGGGUACACUUCGCCAAUGACGACCGGCACCGUCUGGCCUGCUGCUCACUGGACGGCAGCAUCUCCCUGUGCCAGCUGGUGCCUGCCCCACCCACUGUGCUCCAUGUGCUACGUGGCCACACACGUGGCGUCUCCGACUUCGCCUGGUCCCUCUCCAAUGACAUCCUCGUGUCCACCUCCCUCGAUGCCACCAUGCGCAUCUGGGCCUCCGAGGACGGCCGCUGCAUCCGUGAGAUCCCUGACCCUGAUGGCGCUGAACUGCUGUGCUGCACCUUCCAGCCUGUCAACAACAACCUCACUGUGGUGGGGAAUGCCAAGCACAAUGUGCAUGUCAUGAACAUCUCCACAGGCAAGAAAGUGAAGGGCGGUUCCAGCAAGCUGACAGGCCGUGUCCUCGCCCUGUCUUUCGAUGCCCCUGGCCGGCUUCUCUGGGCAGGUGAUGACCGUGGCAGUAUCUUCUCCUUUCUCUUUGACAUGGCCACAGGGAAGCUGACCAAAGCCAAGCGACUGGUAGUACAUGAGGGCAGCCCUGUAACCAGCAUCUCCGCCCGCUCCUGGGUCAGCCGUGAAGCACGGGACCCCUCCCUGCUCAUCAAUGCCUGCCUCAACAAACUGCUGCUCUACAGAGUGGUGGACAAUGAAGGGACUCUGCAACUGAAGAGAAGCUUCCCCAUUGAGCAGAGCUCACACCCUGUGCGCAGUAUCUUCUGCCCUCUCAUGUCCUUCCGGCAGGGGGCCUGUGUGGUGACAGGCAGUGAGGAUAUGUGUGUUCACUUCUUUGACGUGGAGCGGGCGGCCAAGGCUGCUGUGAACAAGCUGCAGGGCCACAGUGCACCUGUGCUUGACGUCAGCUUCAACUGUGACGAGAGUCUGCUGGCGUCCAGCGACGCCAGCGGCAUGGUCAUCGUCUGGAGACGGGAGCAAAAGUAGAGUUCUGCCAGCCCUGCACUGCCCCCGCUCCCGCUGCUCCCUCCGCUCCCUCCUCUCCCUCCUCUCCCUCCUCUCCCUCCUCUCCCUCCUCUCCCUCCGGUCUUGUGUUGUAAAUAAAAUUUCUGUGGUUGUGUUGAGGGGCAACUCCCAGGUCUCCCACAAGGGGGCACUAGGGAGCACUGAGCCCUCCAGUGAAA